CCUCUGUACAUGUUCUAAGUACCCAGUGGAAAAUUAUGUUAUUCCAUGGGUACCCUCAUUCAGGCACUGGGUGGGAGCCCUUUCCAAAUCAUACAAAUAUCAGCACUGCUAGUAGCUCAGACCAUGCCUCCCUGGGCCAUGAAGCUGAGUUGUUACCAUCUCACCAGUGCUGCGGCUGUUGUCACUAAGAGAAAAAAUCAGAUCAGAAUUAUUUUUCCAGGCUCAAUUUCAGGCAUAUCUUACUGAUGAAUCUUAACCAAACUGAUCAUUGCCUCAGGUUUUCUUGUCCAGGGAGAUCUGUAUCUACUGCACUAUAUGUGUUAUCAUAUGUCUCUGCCGCAGCUGUUGUUCUGGUAACAGUGUGUGGGAACCUGCUCAUCGUCAUUUCUGUGUGUCACUUCAAGGAGCUCCACACACCAACAAACAUGCUCAUCCUCUCUCUGGCUGUGUCAGACUUUCUUAUUGGAGUUUUUGUCAUUCCUGCAGCAUUUAUUUGGAUGAUUGAGUCAUGUUGGAUUUUUAGUUCAACUUACUGUUUUUGUUAUAUAUCUAUGUCAUAUUUUCUGUCAACCACGUCAGUGUUUAAUGUUGCUCUCAUUGCUGUUGAUCGCUAUUUUGCCCUCUCUAACCCUUUUAUGUACACUAACAGAGUCUCUCUUAGUUCAAUGUGCAUUGUUAUUUCAUUAAACUGGUUUGUAUUGUUGUUUUAUAAAACAGCAUUUCAGUACUUCAAUGGAAGUUUAGCAAGUCUGGUAAUGUGUCCCGGAGACUGCUUCUUAGUUUUGGAUGAGGUCUGGUCUCUGGUUGAUCUUCUGUUGACUUUUGUUUUCCCACUUGCUGUAAUAGUUAUAUUGUAUGUUCUAGUUUUUUUUAUUGCCAAGAAACAUGCCACUGCUAUUAGAGAGCUUAAUAGUCACACCAGGAGUCAGACCUCAAAGAGCAUGUCAGACUCAAUGAAAUCUGAGAGAAAAGCAGCCAAAGUUCUUGGCAUUUUAGUGUCUGUGUUUUUGGCCUGUUUACUUCCGUGCUUUGUUUACAUUUUAUUAGGCAGCAUAGUAGAAAUGAAAGUAGAAUCAUUCCAGAAAGUUCUGAUGAUGGUUUACCUUAAUUCUGCCAUUAAUCCAGUUAUCUAUGCUUUGUUUUACCCCUGGUUUAGGAAGUGUGUUAAGAUCAUUUUAACUUUUCACAUAUUCAAUACUGAUUCUGCACUGAUAAACAUUCUUUCCUGAAUGAAAUAGGCAUUACAGGUGUCAUAUUACUUUUAAUUUGGGGUACUUAUUUGUUCACAUUUAUACAUUAGUUUGCUCACUCAUACUUUGUAACUUGCAUCAGACUCAAGAGUUAUAUCCCCUGAACUCCAAAUGUAUAAAAAUAAAAAGUAGACAUACUUUAUUCAAUAUUAUUGUAUUUCAUUAUAACUGAUGGCUAAGAGCUUUGAUCGGCCAGCAAUUGUGUGGGAAAAAAUAGCUUAGUAACUUUCUCCCAACCAUCAAAGUCAUGCUGACCUCAUACAGGUUUUUGUUAGGUUCACAGAACCAACUCUGAGAUUUAGGCACCAUCAUCCAAGUAUGUCUAUCUUUUCUUUUAACAUUUCAUUGUAAGUUAGAUGUCACAGUUAGUCCCUCCCAGCUUCCGUGUUUCUUGUUUUCCUUGUCUUGUGUAUUCCAGUUCCAUGAUGUAUUUUCGUUUUCUCCGCCCCUCGUUUGAUUGUG